AAGCUCAUCUCGCUCAAUCGAUACCACUUUGAGUAUAAACCCAGGCUCCCCCAGUCGAGUCACCAUCCUUCACAUCGCACGCAACAAGGAAUAUUGUGAAAAUGCCGGUUGGACCAUUCGAUAGACGCAAGAAACGAUCGCGGUGCCUUGCAUGUGCUGCAAGCCAUCUUAAGUGUUCUGGAAGUGUUCCGUGCAGCAAUUGUGUGAGAAGGAGGGUUGAGUGUACUUUUGAGCAGCAGAAGCCUAAGCAGAUCUGGAUCAACCAGGAUGAAUCUGGCAAAAAGGUGGUUACAAGGGUUUCAGCUGUUACCUGCAAAAGCCAGUCUCCCCGGCUGGAUCUCAACCCUACAGGUGAUCAGAUCUACUAUCUUUCUCACUACUUCGACACGUUUUUGAGGCGGAACAAUUGUAAUCCAAAGACGGAUAUCUCCAAUGAUGUUAUUAGCUUGAUGAAAGAUCAAGCGUCAGGGACGUUCCUCCACGAUGCUGUUCUGUCAUUGGGGGCAAUGCAAGCUGUCAAACUGAACGCAUUAGAGGGUAUUGACCCAAGCAAGACCUACAAUUUGGCUGUUCAUCACUACUCAAAGUCUGUUUUGGGUUUGAGAAACGCUCUGGAGAAGUUUGACCAGGAGCCCAGUGCCCGGCAUCGCAUCUUGUGGACUACACAUCUGUUGGGGCUAUUUGAGCUUAUGACUGAUGCGACUGGCGAAGGAUGGAUACAACAUCUAGUCCACGGCACAUCCAAGGCUCUUGUCGCUGCUGGCCCAACAUCAUGCCAAUCAGGUCAUGGACAGCGCUUUUUCACUGAAAUAAGAAUAUUCGAAGUCUGUCGAGCUAUAAUAUUCAAUGAGCCAACAUUUCUUGCAAAAGCAGAUUGGAGAUGUCUCAUUCGGGAGAUGAGGGCCAAGGAGCAAGGCAACGCAGAUUUAUUGGAUGAACUUUUGGAUAUCAUCGUCUCAUGCUCAACCCUGCGUGUUCGGGCGAAGGACGUUAUCUACUACUCGGACGCAGAUGAUGUUAAUCUCCCAAAACAUCUCGACGAAGCUUUUGAUGUUGCUCAAGAAGGCUUCCGGCUAAGGCAAGCUCUCAUCGACUGGGAAGCCAAAGGCGUACCCUCAAAACAGCUGACUGCUGAGAACACAAAUGGGAGCUUCUCAUCCUUGACCAAAGCAUUCUUCGCGGCAACAAGUAUCUACCUCUCCGGAGUUUUCGACUAUGAAAUUCCAUAUUGGCAAGACAUGGGGAUUGUGGCGCCCAACUUGAGUGAAGAAGAGAUACAGAUGCAUGUGAUCAACAUAUUGACGCAUACGAAUAGUGUUUUGCAUAAUUCUUCCAUCUCUCCGUUAUUGGUGCUCUUUCCACUGCGGGUUGCUGGUGCACGGUCUUGGCAGGGUUGGCAGCAGGAUUGUAUCAUGCAGAACUUGCUGGUGGUUGAGAGGACAUUUCCUGUUGCAGCGGCUUUUAGGGCUGACUUGAUGGGUGUAUGGGCUCGGAUGAGUCCCCCGAUAUAG